GAGAGCCGGAUGACUGCAUUGGGCAGACAUAAUGGAGCUGCAGCGAAAGUGAUGGAGGAUAUCAGAGAGCUGGUAACAGACGAUGAAUUUGAGUUUGGUUUGGAUCGACAAGACUUGCAGAUUGCAUCUUUAGCCGGACACUUGAAACGAGGAUGUUUGGAAUAUCCGUAG